GAGGCAGAGGGUAUCAGCGAAACACCUCUCACAACAGAAACACUACCAGACUGCUUCUUCAGGGAGGCACAGGGACCAGCCAGAUAAUACAAGGUCUGGGAGAGAGGGAAUGCUGAAGAGAGAGACAUAGAGCGAGGCAGACAGACAGAACUAGUGGAGGACAGACAAAAGAGGGUGAGAGAGAAAAGUGUGGUGUAGUGUAACAAAGUGGGAGAGUGAAAGAGAGAUCGACUGAAUGAGUGGGGCUUGAGAGCGAGAUUAGGGUGUGCGUGUGUAUGUGUGCCUAAGAGAGAGAGAGAAAGGGAGAGAGAGAGAGGAGAAACCAUUCCCCAGAGGUUUGGUCUAGCUCCCAGUAAUAGAAGUUUAUUUGCACAGCAGGACCAGUAACAACCUGCUUUAUCAGAGUAACUUACUGUUCUGUUGUCCCAACAGCAGGUCACUGAAGACGGAAGGAAAAACACUAAGGUUGAUUUGGGACCUAGCGUGUCAGAAGGGAGUGUGAGGGGCUUGUUUAUGACAUAUUGUGUUGAAGAGAGCGUGUGUGAGAAACACUGCAUGUGUUAGAGAGAGUGUGUGUGUGUGUGUGUGUGUGUGUGUGUGUGUGUGUGUGUGUGUGUGUGUGUGUGUGUGUGUGUGUGUGUGUGUGUGUGUGUGUGUGUGUGUGUGUGUGUGUGUGUGUGUGUGUGUGUGUGUGUGUGUGUGUGUGUGUGUGUGUGUGUAAGAGAGUUCAAGGAUGACCAGGAGGUCAGUUAAUGGUGAGGGGACUGGGGUGAACAACACCCCCCAAAAUGGGGGACACCCAGGGGAUAACCCUGUCCCAAAAGAGGACCCUGACUUCCCGCACAGAAAGGUAGAGCUUAAGAAGAAGGUGACCCUGCUUCGGGGAAUCUCCAUCAUCAUAGGGACCAUCAUCGGCGCGGGAAUCUUCAUCUCUCCCAAGGGAAUCUUGAAGAACUCUGGGAGUGUUGGAAUUUCUCUGGUGGUGUGGAUCGCCUGUGGAGUACUGUCUCUGUUUGGGGCCCUGUGCUAUGCAGAGCUGGGAACCAGCAUCAAGAAAUCUGGAGGACAUUACACCUAUAUUCUGGAGGCCUUUGGACCACAGAUGGCCUUCAUACGUCUCUGGGCUGACGUCAUCGCCAUCAGACCUGCAGGGUUGGCAGUGAUAUCCCUGGCCUUCGGACAAUAUAUCCUGGAGCCCAUAUUCAUGCCGUGUGGAGUGCCAGAGAUUGCUAUCAAACUGGUCACCUCUAUAGGAAUAACGUCAGUGAUGUAUCUCAACAGUAUGAGUACGAGCUGGACAAACAGGAUUCAGAUCUUCCUCACCUUCUGCAAGCUGCUGGCUGUCGCCACCAUCAUCGUACCUGGCCUCUAUAUGCUCUUCAAAGGGGAGACUAGGAACUUUGAGAAUGCGUUUGAGGUCAGUAAUAUCAAGCUCACAGGUCUUCCUCUGGCCUUCUACUCUGGGAUGUACGCCUAUUCUGGGUGGUUUUACCUUAACUUUGUGACUGAGGAAGUGGAGAAUCCAGAAAAGACUGUGCCAUUGGCCAUCUGUAUCUCCAUGGCGAUAGUCACUUCCUGCUACGUGCUGACCAAUGUGGCGUACUACACUGUAAUGUCAGCAGAGGAGCUGUUGUCCUCGCAAUCCGUCGCCGUGACAUUUGCAGAGAAGACGAUGGGGAACUUUUCGGUGGCAGUGCCGGUAUUUGUAGCCUUGUCGUGCUUCGGUACGAUGAACGGCUGCUUGUUCGCUUUCUCAAGAAUGUUUUAUGUGGCGUCACGAGAAGGCCAUCUCCCUGAGGUUCUGUCCAUGAUCCACGUCCGCAGACACACACCUUUGGCAGCCGUCAUCAUUCUGUACCCUAUGACGAUGUUCCAGCUGUUUGUGGGAGAUAUCUACAGCCUGUUGAACUUCAUGAGCUUCCUCCGCUGGCUCUUCAUUGGUGUGGCUGUGCUGGGCCUCAUCUACAUGAGAUACACACACCCUGACAUGCCACGUCCUUUCAAGGUUCCUCUUUUCAUUCCAGCCAUUUUCUCCUUCACCUGUUUCUUCAUGGUGUUCCUCUCUCUCUACUCCGACCCCGUCAACACAGGGAUAGGAUUCGCCAUCUCACUAACAGGAAUCCCAGCCUACUAUAUCUUCAUUGUGUUUGACCGCAGACCCAAGUGGCUACAGAAGAGUUUAGAUUCCUUUAACAGAUGUGUCCAGAUCAUCCUGGAGGUGAUCCCAGCAGAACACUGACACCAGACCAGAUCAUCCACACCACAUGAGAACAGGAUCGGGUGUAUGAGUGUGUUUGAAGCCAUUCCAUUUGCUCUGUUCAGGCCAUAUUCUUUUGAGCUGUCCUCUCCUCAGCAGCCUCAUGUGCUCCACACCCAAGGACAUCACACCGAUGGCCUCUUCUAUUGUAUCAUUUCACAUUAUACAUUAUUAUGAGUCUCCCAUCCUGCUGACCUUAUCUAGGCAGGCUUCAUUUCACAUUACCAAUUCAAACCGCCUGAAUACUCUCUCUUCUCUCCUCACCCAAGUAUUUUAAAUGGAGUGGCCAGGCAGGCAGGGAGGUGAGGCUGUGUGCUUUGUGUGUGUCCCUGUGUGGGAUUUGUAGGUAAUCCAUCUCUGUAACCACUACCCUACGGCUCCAGUGUGCAGUGGGAGCCCAGCCUCUUAGAAAUGCAACAGCUUUUACUGUUGAUAAUAUUCCAGGGAAUCCUUGUAAGCUUGGAGUAUAACUAUCUUUGGCUAGAAUCACAGUUAUAUUUUUGUCGUUGUUACAGAUAGCAUUAGCCAUAAUUACAGCUAGUGUUAGCUACAUUCAGACCUAGCUUCAGUCAUUGUUACACCUAGCAUUAGCCACAAUCACAGUUAGCAUUAAGUCAAAGUCAUCACUAGCAUUAGCCACUGCUAGCAUUAGCAUUACACUGGAUACUCAGUUUUCACCAGAUCAUUCAGGAUGUACACAGUAUGUACCGUAGUUAUUUCUAUAUUUUAGGAAAUAAAGACAGAUCCGUGAGUGUUAAUUGAUGAAUGUUCUAUAGUCUGAGUAAGAAAAGCACUCCCUUCAAAUAUGUAAACAUCAUUAGAGCAGUAAAGUGUGACACAAAUGACAACUAACACAAAUGGGAUACACUUUUAUAUUGAACCUUUUUUUGAAAACACGUAUGUUUAGAAAUGAUGUCCUGCAUAACUUGAGCAUUUGAAUCGGAUUUCAUGGAAAAUAAAAACUGAUUUUUUUUUAA